AUGAGCGCUUCAUUGGGCACUUCUGUGCAGUCUGGUCCGGGCUUCGUGGCCUCCACGAGAUGGCCGCACGCACCGGCCGCGCGGUGCGCUGCAACGGCUGCCCCUGCAGCCCCGGCAGGCGACCGCCUCGCCGCGCCGCUCGAGUGGCGCCCCUGUGCGUAUGACGAGGAAGCCGAGGAGGGCUGUGGCAUCGACGGCUCGCUCUGCGCCGCGACGCCGUUUGAGGCCAGCCGCAUCGAAGCCGCCGCAGCCGCGUUGGCAGGCGGCGUCAGGCCUGCUCUGGCGUGCAGCGUGGCGUUCCUGUACCCCACCCAGCAGCAGCAGCAGCAGCAGCAGCAGCAGCAGGCAGCCGCGCCGCCGGGCGGUGUGGGCAGCCUGGCUUACUUCAUGGCCAAACCCCAGGUGGAGUCGUACGACGAGGAGGCCGAGGGCUGCUACGAGGCCGCCGCAGCCGAGGCCGCAGCCGAGGCAGCCGCCGCCGCUGAGUCUGCGCGCCUGACUCGCGCGCUCGCCGCUCACGCGCCCGGCCGCGCCGCGCGCCGCGCUCGCCGCGCGGUGCUGCGCAGCGCCCCUGGCGACUUGGAGGCCAUGGUCCCGUGGGUCGCUGAUGCGGACGCCGCCGCCGCCGCGGACGCCGCGAAGCGCGCCGCCGCGCGCGUGCCUGCGGCGCGCUACCCGCACCUGCACGCGUUCCUGGCGGCGCGCACGGGCUCCCUGGGCAUCGUGGACAGCGUGCUGGAGGCGCUGCAGCUGGAGCGCGGCCUGCAGGCGCGAGCGGCGCAGGCCUGGCAGUACACGUGGGACGAGGACGUGCACGGCCAGGCCGGCGGCGUGCUGGGCUCGAUGUAG